AAACGUCGGAUCGCCUUUGUUUUUAGCGUAACUAAAAUAAAUUGCUCUGCCGAAAAGAAAAAAUAAAGUAUGUAAAGCGUACCAAAGAAAUGUGCAGUUCCUAUAUGGUGUGCGUAACGAAUAAAUGUUUAAUACGUGUCCUGAAAUUUGCACAUAUAAAAAAUAUUUCUUUGUACAGAAAAAUUUAUAAUAAUAGAACACCAAGAUAUAUUGUCAAAGUUCAUUGCCUCAGAAAAUCGGACAGAACGUACGUGCGGUGCGGCCAAAGUGCAAUAGAUUUUCACAAUACGCGAAAGGAAAAGUUACAAACUGUUUCAAAACAAGAGUCAACGAACGAAAUUAAUAGGUGCUAUAAAUAAAAAUCACAAAGCGCAAGAGGCCAAUAUAAACAAAUGCAAAAAAGUUAUUUGAAUUGCGACAUAAGUGUGACAACAACAGCAUAUGUAGCAUAAACAACAAGGGUACUCAAGAAGAAGAGCGCAAGAAUGCCGUGCGAGGAAAAUGCAAAAACAAGCUCAGAUAUUGAGCAUGUGGAUUGGAGUCACGGCGGCUCCGGCCAACACUAUGCAAAUGUCAGAUUCGGGUCGGGCAGCAGUCAGGCGUCACAGAAUAGCGGCGACAUCUGUCGCAUUUGCCACUGUGAAAGCGAUCCACAGAAUCCAUUGCUCACACCCUGCUAUUGCUCAGGCAGUUUGAAGUAUGUUCAUCAGGCCUGUUUGCAACAAUGGCUGACUGCCUCGGCUACCAACUCCUGCGAGCUAUGCAAAUUUCCAUUUAUCAUGCAUACCAAAAUCAAGCCCUUCAAUGAGUGGCGCAGCCUUGGCAUCUCUAGCAUUGAGCGUCGGCGUCUGUGCUGCACUGUGCUUUUCCAUUGUGCGGCUGCUGUGUGCGUCAUUUGGUCGCUCUGUGUGCUUAUCGAACGUGCUGCGGAUGAUGUCAAGCGUGGUUUGAUUGAUUGGCCAUUCUGGACAAAGCUGGCGGUGGUUACUGUGGGCCUUACUGGUGGUAUUGUGUUCAUGUAUAUACAAUGCAAGCCUACUUUCAUUAUCAACGCGAAAGCACGCAACAGUUGUGUGGGGUUGCAGCAACGAUGUGAAAUCCCCACCGCAACAUGCGCUCAACAAGUUGGACAUCAAGUGGGUCAAGUGGCAGUGGCGGCGAAUAUAGAAUGCUCACAAUCGCAACAUAAUUACGAACGUGAUUGGGCAUUAGAUGAUGUGGUAUCACAGAUCUCAUCGUUCCGUCCAUGUCCACAGGGCUCGGGCAGCAUGACACCCUUUCAUGACUCCAUACACAAUGUGCUGGAGCAUUCGGAGAGCUCCAGUCGCGGCUCAGCGAAUGAUUUAUGCGCGGGUUCGCGUCAAGAUCUCAGCGCCAGCGGCAUAAGCACAGAUACGGGCAGAGAUAAUGCGAUGCAGGGGAGCUAUAGCGGCAGCGGUGAGCACAAGGCGCCCUCCAUAAGCUCUGGUGUCUCGCAUGCAGUGGCAAAUGGUCUUGGGGGUUUUGUAUACAAGCCACAUCAGUCCAAGCGAUACUCCAAUUCGUCCAUCUUUAUGGAGAACCGUGAUAUACUCAACGACUCACCGUUAUGCGUGGGACUGGCCACGCCUUCAACCUAUGACUACAGCACACCACCAAAGAUUGAUUAUCGGCUGGAGCAGCUAGACUGUUGUGCCCCCUUCACUAGGGAUACGGAACUGCGUCGCUAUUCCUCAGAUAGCAAACAGCAUAAAGUAGAUACUGUGUUGGAUAUGGAGCUGCCUGCUUCACCACUGGCACCGCCUACAGCAUAUGCCAGUCAACAACAGCAGCAACAUCAACACUUGCUACGUCGCUCCUUUGAGCAGAGCGUUGGUGAUGGAACAGCUGAGUUGCAAAUGCAGCGCAGGCAUCUUUGUUUUAAAUCUUUGCCAAAUUUAAGCAGCAGCUGCGAAAGUCUCCUACAAAAGUGAUUGCAAGCAAUCGAAAUACUUGCUCUCCCUUCUCUCUAUUUUCUGAUAUACAAACACUUCUCUCUCGCUCUCUCUGUCUCUCUUUUAUUUUAAAGUAGUAUUUCUUUUAUUAUUGAGCUGCUCUUUGCAAAUAAUUUAAAACACAGCCGAUGAAAACAAUUUUGAGACUGCAAAAAAUGAAAAUAAACUUUAAAGAGAGUUUACUGGCGCUGAACAAAACUUUGCAUACUAUGAUUAUAUACAUAUUUAUAAACAAUUAUUUCACAAACACACACUCCACUAAGCUGCCUAAGCCAAAUUCAUUUAUGUUAAAAAAAAAAUACAUAUAUAUAAAC